CCAAUUUUGACGCGCGCGUGGCUGGGCGAGUAGUGGAGUCACCGCGGCGGUCAUGACUCCACGUGUGUUGGUGGUGGGCGGCGGACUGACGUCCGCAGUGACGUCAUCCCUGCUCCGAGAGGAGCUGGGCAGCAGAUGUCAACUGACGGUGUGGGAUAAGGCACGGGGCGCAGGCGGUCGUAUGUCGACCUCCCGCGGCCCAGAGGGCUGUGGCACCGUGGACCUUGGAGCACAGUACAUCACUGUGACACCACAGUUCCAGCAGCUUCACAACAAAUUCUACUCCGAGCUACAGUUAGCAGGCCUGUUGGCGCCUCUGACAACCACCGUACAGGGUCUCCGCCCGGCGCCGGCCGGUAGCCAACACCUGGUCACUCCCCGUGGUACCAGCGCCCUAGUGAAACACUUCUUCAGCAGGGCCGAGGUCACACCAGAGUUUAAUCAACGGGUGACUGAGAUGGCGCGCAGUGCGUCCGUUACCACGGAAACCGGCCGGACUGAGUCGUUUGACGCCAUUCUUCUCACAAUGCCGCCGCCGCAAAUUCUCGAGCUUGGAGGAACGCUGAAGAAGGAUAUCGAGUCAAACCCCGCACUAUCUUCUGGCCUCCGCUCGGUUCGGUUCAGCUCCCGGUAUGCCCUGGGUCUGUUCUUUGGCGCCGGGGGAGGCCCGAAGGUGGACUGGGGUGCCAAGUAUGUAUCGGACCACCCCGUGGUGCGGUAUGUGGCAGUGGAUAACGUCAAACGCGGACAAGCCUCCGGUCCCAGUUCGGUGGUGGUCCACACCAGCGUCCAGUUCGGGGAGGAGCACGUCGAGAAGACGCCCGCCGAGGUGCAGCCAAUCCUGGAGCGCCACGUCACAGAGCUGUUCCCUGAUUGGCCGGCGCCCACCUCGGUCAAAUGCCAGAAGUGGCGCUAUUCGCAGGUGACGGAGCCGUUCCGCCGUCCCGGCCACGUGGUGCUCAGUGAGCAGCCCCUGGUAGUGGCCGCCGGUGAUGCGUUCAACCGCUCCAACAUGGACGGGUGUCUGGAGUCGGCUACCGGAGCGGCCCGGCUCCUGGUGGAGAAGCUACGUCAGAAGGAGGCGUAACCACCGACCCAGGAGCCACUAGCAGUACCACAGACGGAGUCGGAGCGAGUUGGCGAGCGGAAAACAGACACCAUAGCGGUUAGUCCUUAGUCUUUUCUCGGAAUCUGGCUCAGAUGAGGGAUUGUUUGCGGUGAUGGUCUUCAAAUUAGACAGCCUGCAAUUAUGCGAGUCUACGGAUUAGUCUACGGAUCAGAGAGUCUAAAUAUCUGUAGUCUACAGUGAAGUGCCGCGGUGGUGAUAAAUUGACCAGAGACUUUACGAAUAUACCGAAUGGUAUAGUGGUAGGGUAGAGUGAACUCGUUUUAGGGAUUGGGUAUUUUUACAUUUGUUUCGAUGUGUCCCUUUGUAGUGUAUUGAAGGAUUCGCAAUGGGGCAUGGAAGGAACAAUUAAAAUACUUAUCUGUUUCGAAAAAUUAGGGUGACUUUUUGUGAAUCUACUAGUAAUUUGAUGAGUGGGAUGCAAUUGAUAUCUGUCACCGGCACAGAGUAUGUUAAACUCACAUGUGCUCAACUCAGGACUUUUGACUUAAGUCAGACUGAACACAGAGGGCACUUCGUAGUUCCGGUUUGAAACGUGACUGCUGCUACAUAUUUACAUAACUCACUACAGUAUGGCAGCAACUCCAGUCAUACAUGAAAAUAUGUUAGUUGUAAAUCUGUUAGUGCCUAUGUAAUAAGUGCUGUUCAGCCAGAACAUCUCAACAUCUGCUUUUACUGCACAACCAGUGUGAUCCGGCGUUAAUUUGGUAAUACCUAUGCUGCCGUGAAAAGGAAAUCGAUAUCGUAGGUGACAUUUUUAACAUUUUACAAGAGAGCCGUUCUUAUGUUCUGGUUAGUUUUAGUACCCUUGCGGACACUUGCGUUGCUUGAAUUGGGAUAAUAUAAGAGGUCGUCACGGU